AGAGUUAUCGUUCUUUGCAAAUUUGAGAAGCGUCUUUAGAAAAUGUCGACAAACAAGAAGAGGAAGGUUUCUGGGGAAAAACCGCAACGAUUUCCAGGAGAGGUCGACGAUGUUCACCCACUGCCAUUUAUAACGAUGCCCCCGCAACCCAAGGAGAAAAAGCCUGGUCAACUCUCCGAAAAACAACUGAAGCAAUAUUUCGACGAAGGGUACACGGUAGUGGAGGACUUCUUUACACCAGAAGAGCUUCAGCCCUGCCGGGACUCUAUCUCUCAAAUGGUCGAUAAUCUGGCAGAUAAACUCCACCAGGCCGGGAAGAUAACAGAAAAAUUUGAAGAAUAUGGGUUGUUCCAAAGACUUACCAAACUGGAAGAAGCAUACCCUGGAUCAAAUAUACUUCUGUUUAAAUCACAAAAAAUGCCAAAAUCGUUCCAAAACUUAUGGUGCAAUGAAAGAUUGCUCAACAUCAUGGAGCAGAUUCUUGGACCGGAAGUGGCGGGGCAUCCUGUGUGGAACUUGCGCACCAAAACUCCAAACAGUCGAGCGGUGGACAUCCCUUGGCAUCAAGAUAGUGCGUAUUUCAGCAAUGAAUCUUACGACCAUAUGAUAGCGACAGCUUGGAUACCAUUUCUAGACGCCACGGAGGAAAACGGCUGUAUGCAGGUUGCGAGAAAUGGACAUAGGAAGGGUAAGGUUGCUACCCACCAAUGCUGCGCUGGUCCUACUUGGUAUGUUAUGCUGGAGGAAGAGGAAAUGAAGAAAACAUUGGAUGUUGACAUUGAAAAGGAUAUCGUGACACUGCCCAUUAAAUACGGCGGGUUUCUGCUUUUCAACAAUAUUACACCUCAUAGAAGCUUAAUGAAUUACUCCAAUGAAAUUCGAUGGAGUGUAGACUUACGCUGGCAGUCUCCCAAGCAUCACUGGGGAUUUUACGACAUCGGAGAAGGAGUCCUCUUCCGGUCUGCCGAAAAGGAAAUUAAGGAACCCGACUGGGAGAAGUUCUUUUCAGUUGACAGGAAAGAAAUAUGGCAGAAAAAAUAUUUUGCACAGAAGGACGAGAUGGAUCCGUUUGACACUACAAUCACGGGGCCGUGGAUUGGUCGAUGGGAAGUCGUCAACCACAACAAACACACAGACGCAUUCAAGCCUGGGUAGGCGGCAAGUACAGCCUUCCUGUCGCCAGUCUGCACCGCAGAUUAUGUGACAAUUUACGCGUAACACCAUGUACUUUAUAUUGCAUGUAAUGUGAAAAAAUGUCAUUAAGAAUAAAUCUAAUCUAUGCAUGGAUGAAAUUAUAAGGCUUCAAUUAUACAAGGUCAUAAAUGAAAUGAAAGCUAGAAAUUAUGGACUGAUAUGGAAACAAGAUGUAUGAGGAACUGAACUUUUUUUAUUAAUAUAAUGUUUUUGGCUUAUUUAGUAACUAUAAUAUUGACUGACAUCUGAUGACGCAGUGGUAAUCGGGACAGUUAAAUAUUAUACUUCUUGUAUAUUGUACUCUUUCAAUGUAUUAUGACCGGUAGAAAUACGCUAGUCGGUAUAUCGAAU